AUGGAUGGUGGUGCACGGUGGAGCAUUAGAGAUGGCAAAUCAACCUCCUUCUGGAACACAGGAUGGCUGGACAACAGCGAUUUCCUGGCGGACCAUGUCAUCAACGAUCAAUUCCUGGGAGAUGCGAGUGUGGUGGAUAUGGUGUCGUCGGAAGGUGAGUGGGAUUUGGACCGCAUUGCACCUUACUUACCCCGGGAAUUCGUUUUGCAUGUGGCAGGCGUGCCUGUACCUAGGGAAGAUCUUGGUGAUGACGAGCUCGUGUGGGGUCUGGAGCUAGAGGAUUAG